GACAACCUGUGAAGAGAACUGUUGGUCAAGUAACAAAGCCAAUUGACUUCCACUUCUGCACGGAGAAUAGAAUUAAACAACAUGUGGAAGGCCAACCUGGGAACGAGUACAAGGAACUGGAUUUUGCAGCGGUACUGAGAAAGCAUCCUCCUUCUCCGGGGCGAAUGCCGAAGGGACCCACUAUCCCCAAACCUUUCAAUCUGUCCCAGGGAAACAAAAGAAAACUCGAAGAAACCACAUCAGAAUAUGUGUCCCUUGCUGAGCAGGUAGAAGCAUUCCAAAAACGCACACCCUCUCGUUACCAUUUGAGGAGCAGGAAAUCCGAUGAAGGCCCAGUUCCAGGAAAGUUGGUGAAGGCUCGGCUUACAAACCCUAAAACGCCGGUGCUUCUAACAAAGCAGCGCUUCAGACCUGUCACCUGCAAAACUACAGCAGAGUUAGAAGCAGAGGAAAUGGAAAAAAAUCUACAGUACAAAUUCAAAGCACGAGAACUCAAUCACAAAAUCUUUGAGGGUGGACCACUCCUGCCCAAGAAGCCCCCUGUGAAGGAACUCACGCAACCCAUUGGCUUUGAGUUGGAAAUAGAAAAAAGGAUUCAGGAGCGCGAGAGUAAGAAGCAGCAGGAGGAAGAGCACUUUGAAUUCCAUUCCAGGCCAUGUCCCACGAAAAUCCUGGAGGACAUUGUGGGUGUUCCAGAGAAGAAAGCGCUUCCUGUUACAGUCCCCAAGUCUCCAGUCUUCACCUUGAAAAGCAGAACCCGAAUGCUGGGCAGAGAUGAAGAAAAGGAAAAAGAGGUGGUCCCUGUGAUCAAAGCUAACCCUAUGCCACAUUAUGGAGUGCCCUUCAAACCUAAAAUGCCAGAGCAGAGGCAUGUGGAAGUUUGCCCCUUCUCUUUCGAUGCUCGUGACAGAGAGCGGCAAAUACAAAAAGAGAAAAAAAUGGAAGAAUUACAGAAGGAAGAGGUGCCAAAGUUCAAAGCGCUACCUCUGCCUUACUUUGACCAUGUUAAGCUGCCAGAAAAGAAGGUCAAAAACCCAACUCAGCCUGAACCGUUCAAUCUGCAGAUUGAUGAACGGGGAGCUGCCAAGCUACAGAGCUGGAAACAGCAGCUUGAAGAUGACUUGAAAAGGCAGAAAGAGGCAGCAUGUUUUAAAGCUCGUCCCAACACAGUGGUGUACCAGGAGCCUUUUGUGCCUAAAAAGGAAAAUAAGCUGUUAUCAGAGAGCCUUUCUGGUUCUGUAGUUCCUGAAAGCUUUGAACUGGCAACGGAAAAAAGAGCUAAAGAGCGGCAAGAAUUUGAAAAACGAUUGGCAAAUAUAGAAGCCAUAAGGGAGAGGCAUCAAGAGCAGGUCAGACAGCGACAAGAGGCGCGUGAAAAGGAAGAAGUUGCUAAGCUAAGACAAGAACUGGUUCACAAGGCAAACCCAAUACGCAAAUACCGCAGCGUAGAAGUGAAGCCCAGUGAUCAGCCACUGACUAUGCCGAAGUCUCCCAACUUCUCGGACAGAUUCCGGUGCUGAUAUGCAACCAUGUGAUAAUGAUAAUAGGAGGGAGAUCCCAUCCCUCUCCACUCUCUUGAUACGCAGAGAGGGAACAGUUGUUUUUAUGUGACUGCUCAGUCUCAACUCCUACACUUGGUUCCAUUAUUGUAUAUUGAGUAGUUUAACUCCACCUGAGGCAGGUGGCUGAGGCACAGCAUACAGGCAGUGCCAUACUGUCUCCAUGGCCUUGCUUUGCAUCUAGACAUCUUGUUCUCCAAAGACUAAACCAGGUUUUGAUAUUGUAUACAAAUAUUGUGUACUUAACUAAAUAAAAAUUCCUAAUCUGA